AUGAUAGAUCGAAGGAGUCAGAGUCCCAUGGCUACAAGCUAAAAGAUGGGAACUGCAAGAGCUAUCUUUGAUACAGGCACAGAAUAGGAACCAACGAAACGAUUAACAAGAUCAAUUAGAAAUACUAGCACAGAUCCAUAAUAAACAGACUACAAAUAAUAUCAAAAUUAGCCUUAAUUAGGAAUUUAAGGUUCUUAGGAUAUAAAUUGUACACUUUAAGUUUAUUUGACAAGCAUAAAAUUCACGUUAAAUUACUUAAGAAAAUUUUGAGUAUCGGAAACCAGAAACGGACACUUUCAAUUUUAGAACUGUUCAAACUUACAAACCUUAAGAAGUAAGUGCUUUGCCAACUUCUUAAUUUAAUUACUAAAGUUUUGAGUACAAAAAACCAGACGCUGGUCGCACAGGAUCUUACAUUUAGUCAGGUACUUGAACUAUUUAUCAUAGCGUACAAUACAACAUGUAUUUAAUAUUAUUAUCACUCAAGUUCAAGAACCAAUCGGUAGUUCGCUUAACUUUCAGAAUAAAACUCUGUAUGAACCACCAAAAUAAGAUAACACAUUCACAAAAUACGAGUUGAAUUCAUUUGAUAAAUAUAAAACUACUUUUGAAUAGCCUAAAUCUUAUGAAAAGUUUGAGUAAUACAAAUUUGAACCCAUGAAGUAUGACUUUAAUUUACCAGAAUAACCAAGGGAAUAUCAACAAUCCUAUAAAUCCAUCCCAUAAGUACAACCCAAUUAAUCAGUUGUGUAAUUCUAUUAGUUAAACCUAGUCAAACUCAAUAUACUCCUUACAAUCCCGAUAGAAUUACUUUGGACACUCAACUAAAUAGAACUACUUUAAACUAUCCACUUCACAAUGAAUCCUUAAGUGUAGGGCCCAGAAAGACAGAAGAACCAAUUCGUCCUUCAGAAAUUCAAAUCAAAACCCAGAAACCAGUAGAUCCAAUCAUCAAUAAAGGAUAAAACCCUCCUUCAAUCAAGGCAGAAUCAAUUAAGAAUGAGUAAUCAUAUAGGCCAACAACCCCAGUAUAUACUCAAUAAUAAUAUCAAUUAUCGAACUAAAAGCCUUCUGAGUCAUAAUACAAGUAAGAGACAAUUGAUAUUAUGAACAAGCCAAGUUAUAGAUGUAAUGAUAGAUUAUUAAAUUUAGUUGAUUUACCUAAGAAAUUCAUUGAGGAGAUUGUUAUUGUUGAAAAUGAAGCUAAUGAACACGAAUUUAAUGCAGGUUGUCAAAUAUUUUGA